AUGCGACAAGCGCACUGCAAGGUAAAGACAGGCUGUCUAACAUGCAAAAUUCGAAGAGUCAAAUGCGAUGAGACAAAACCCGCUUGUCAUCGUUGCACAAGCACUGGUCGGAAAUGCGACGGCUACGCGCUUAUGCAGAAGAUCAACCCGCGAGAUGUGGCGCAGGGUCGGAUGCUAUUGCCGCGUGUCGCUGCUAUCGAUUCGCAAUCUUUACUGCCCCUUGAGGAGCGAAGGGCGCUUGGGUAUUUCCACAGCGUUAUUUCGCCGCGGCUGUCGAGCGCCAGGGAUGGCUACUUCUGGACCCAUCUUGUGAUGCAGCUGAGCGAGUCGGAGGCUGUUGUGAAACAUACCAUCUUAUCGAUAAGCUCGCUGUUUGAAUCUUCUGAGGGGAAGAGUGUGGCGCCGUAUACGGAGAGGUUCGCUUUGCAGCAUUAUACACAGGCUAUUCAGCGUCUUAAGAUGAUCCACAGUGAGCCUUUGGUGUUGCUUGUGUGUAUCUUGUUUAUUUGCGUUGAGUACCUUCUUGCCAAUAACAAGAUUGCACUACAGCAUUGUCAACAUGGCCUUGCGAUUAUGGAAAAGUGCAGCAAUCCUUGGGCUCGACGGUAUUUAAUGCCUGUCUUCAGACGCAUGACCGCCGUGCCCAUGCUUUUUGGCCCCGAGGACAUUGAGAGCGAAAGCAUGCCAGCGUUGACAUACAUGAUUCCAACCAAGUUUUAUUGCAUGGAAGAUGCACAAUACAUGAUGGACGAUAUCUUUAACCGAGUGGUGCGACUCUGCCACAUGCGACAUCGCGGAGUCGUCUUCGACAUGACAGAAGAGUACAACACCGUCGGCAUCCAUCUCCAGACCUGGCAAACGCUAUUUGAAAAGCUCAAUGUCGAUACGACAUCUCUAUUAUACCAAGCUCAAGAGAGGUCGUUGUUUAUGCGUCUCAAACUCUCUUAUCUGGAGUUAAGUGCCGACUUCCGAUACCAGGAGCAUAUGGGGACAUUUCGCCAGGUGCUGCAACUAGCGAGUUGGCAGAGUGAAAGGUCCACUAAGCAGUCUAGCUUUGAGCUGGCCUAUACUCCCAUGCUUUUUUUUACGAUAAUGAAAUGUCCUGAUUUGAGUGUUCGACUUCCUGCGCUACGGUUAAUGAAGAAAUUGGGGUCGCCGACGGAGGGUAUUUGCGAGAACCUCCAGAUGCUGACGACGAGUCGUGAGAUCAUUCAACAGGAACAUGGAGUGGAGAUAGUGGAUAUUGAAGGUUGA